AAAUAAAUUAGAAAAGGAAAACGAAAUAGUGAAAAACUGACAGCUGAGCAAGGAACGGCGCGGGAAAAAAGAGAGAAAAAAGUACUUUCAGUUUCCGCCUUUCACUAACCCAGACUUACUUAGCGCUGGUGAAAAGGGAAACUGAAGAAAAACAGUGACGGUAUUAUUGGAACUUCAAGUGUUAAGACAUUACACAAACAGUAUUAAGAUAGAGAUAAAGAAAAGAAAGGAACAGAAAAAAAAAAACGAGAAAAGGAAGGAACAUUGAAAUACAGAGAAGUUAAUGUACUGAAGCUUAAGAAAGAGAUAGAAAAGGAAAAAAAAAAGGAAAGAUAAAAACAAAACGAAAGACUGAAAUUGAUGUGCAGAAACUUGAAAUAAACAAAUGAAAGAGAAGCCAGGGAAAAAAAAAUAAUCAAAACGAAAAACUGAAAUUGAUGUAUAGAAACUCAAAAUAAAGAUUAAAAAAAGUAUAUAAAAAAGGAAAACCAAGAAAUAUCGUAAAAAAAAGUUGGAUAAACAAAAGGAAAGAAGAAGUUGGUAGUAAUGGCGAGCAAGAGGGAAGAGAGAAGUAGAGGAGAGAUGGAGGAGGAGGACACGGAGAGACACAGCUGCUCGGCGUCCCCACACAGCAUUGACGAGACUCCUGCUGCUGCUGCUGCUGUGACCAACGGCGGUGGUGACUGGCUAGAGACGCGAGUGAGGGUGAGCGGAGUGCCCGUUGACGCCCGGCAAGAGGAGCUCAAUCAAAUCCUGGAGAGCGUCGGGGCGGUGGAGAAGUGUGAGAAGUACGCCUCGAGAGACGGCCAUACACAGGUGGUGCAUGUGACCUACGAAUCUUUAGAGGCGGCGCGAGAGGCAGCACAGCGACUGAACGGCAUCAACCUAGCGGGAGGCAUCCUGCGUGUGGACCGUCUGAUGGACCGCCGGAGGGGCCCACGGGGAGCAGCAGGUGGGGGAUCCAUGGGAGGGGGCCCAAUGGGAGGUCCAGGGGCAGCCUCUCCCUCCCAGCGCCACACAGACUUCCCUCUCCGUAUCCUUGUGUUGAGUGAAAUGGUUGGAGCGAUCAUAGGACGCCAGGGGGCCACAAUAAGGACAAUCACACAACAGACGAGGGCUCGAGUUGAUGUCCAUAGAAAGGACAACGCCGGCUCCUUGGAGAAAGCGAUCACCAUUUAUGGAAAUCCUGAAAACUGCACUAAUGCCUGCAAGCGCAUUUUGGAAGUGAUGCAGGAAGAGGCUGACAACACCAAUAAGGGAGAGGUUCCCCUGAAGAUUCUUGCUCACAACAACCUCAUUGGGCGCAUCAUUGGCAAGGGAGGGACAACCAUCAAGAAAAUAAUGGAUGACACCUCCACUAAGAUAACAGUGUCUAGCAUCAAUGACAUCAAUAGCUUCAAUUUGGAACGCAUCAUUACCAUAAAGGGAAGCAUAGAAGACAUCGCUAUGGCAGAAAACAUGAUAAGCGCCAGGUUGAGGUCCAGCUAUGAGAGUGACCUCCAAGCCUUCGCUCCGCAGAGUGCCAUGUUCCCCGGCCUGCACCCCAUGGCCAUGAUGUCCACUGUGGGGUUUGGCCUCCCACGUGGCGGCGGCGGGGGUGCAGCAGGGGCAGGGAUGGGCAUGUAUGGCUCCUCACCAACCUCUUAUCCUCCUCUCUACCCCACCCCCAUCUCCAGCCAACAGGGCUAUCAUGGCUCGGAGGCAGCUGAGGUGGGUGGCGAAGAGGAGACAGCAUAUCUGUACAUCCCCAAUUCAGCAGUGGGCGCCAUUAUUGGCACCAAAGGCUCCCACAUCCGCAACAUCAUCAGGUUCAGCGGGGCGUCUGUCAAAAUAGCACCACUGGAGGACGAAGGGCGACCCACAGAGCAGUCUGAACGGAAGGUCACCAUUGUAGGAUCACCAGAGGCUCAGUGGAAGGCGCAGUUUUUGAUAUUUGAGAAGCUCCGAGAGGAAGGCUAUGGCGUUGGAGUGGAGGAUGUGAGGCUAACAGUGGAAAUUGUGGUGCCGUCCAGUCAAGUAGGCCGCAUAAUUGGCAAGGGAGGUCAGAAUGUGCGUGACCUCCAGCGGCAGACAGGCUCAGUCAUUAAGCUUCCCCAGCAGGGCUCCACCACCUCGGAAGAGACGACUGUACACAUUGUGGGCCCCUUCUUCUCUGUGCAGUCAGCCCAGCGGCGCAUCAGAGCGAUCAUCCAGAUGUCUGCCCCCUCCACCAGUGGCGGCAACAGUGGGCGUCCCAGCCGGGGGCCACUGAUGCCACGGAUGCACCAAUGAGGUCACUGCCGCCGGGAGGACCACACCGCCACCACUACGACCCGAGCCACAUACCAAAGAGAAGGCGACCUUGGAGCUUAGAACCGGCGGCUCUCCCCUCACUUUGACCUCGCUUGCUUGCUUGUUUUGCCCUCUGGGGCCCGGGCUGGCUGGGCGGCCUGGCACUCCUCCUGCCGGGGGGGGAGUCUGGCUGGCCGUUGGAUUUGAUUUGUGUUGAUGCGUUUGUUUGUAGGGUCUCUGUUCUUGUUCCCACAUUAUAGAGUAUGAUUUUGUUUAUGGCAGGCAUGCAGUGCCCAAGCUGCCCCACCCUGCCCGGGUCCCAGACCAGUUGUGACGAAAGAGGGUGCGUGCGUGCGGCAGUAACAGAGUGUGACGUGCCGCGUGCAUGUGUUAGUGCGUGCGUGUGUCCGCACUGCACCUGUGUUGAGGCUCCUGUAAUGAGUUCUGACCCCUGUGUAGCCCCGAGGCCGCCCCAGUCACUGUGGCCGGCGGGGCACGCGAGACACCGUCAUCAGGGCUCCGCUGUUUAGUUAACUAGUACAAAAGUUUGUGGAAUAUAACGGACCAUUGUUACUAUAUGGUCUUUUUUGUACGCAAAGUUAUAGCAAAGUUUAUUUUUGAUACAUUGUUGGAGCAAUUUUUUGUUAAAUUUUUUUUAAUGAAGGAAAAUAUUAUAAUGUAGCAUGGAAAGAUGCUAUUAUAAAAAAAAAAAAAUCAUCCUUGUCAGCACUCUCCGCACACCACCUCCGGGCCCCCACACCUCAGUUCAGACAAGGACACUGGAGAAGAAACCAACACUCUACAGGGGAUCAAUAUUCCGAACUCUCGACAAAACAAUGUAUGCAAAACAGGAAGAUUAUGAUGUAUACUACUACUGCUACUACUACUACUACUAUACAAAUGCCCACUGAUUUUGUAGUACCAUAUGAACAUUGAAAUACUUCACUCAGGUGACUGUAGAAGCUGAUCCGUGCAGCCCUGGCCACCUUGUGCGUGCCGACUGUACAGCAGCUGGGGGUGGUGGCCGGCCUGGCCUCCCCUACCGCCCCCAGCCGCACCCCCACUCGUGCUACCUCACUCCUCGGCCAACCUUGCCCCCCUGCCCCACGGCAACACCCCCCCCACCCAUGUACCCCAUGACUAUUAAUAGCACACUGUUCAUUAUGAUUUUGUUAAAUUGUACCGCUGGCACAGUGUGGGUAACUUGUUUCCAUUACAAGCCAAUGGAAUGGUCAGCACAUUUGCAUUGAGAAUUGUGCAAAAUCAGCCAUGUCAAAUUUAGCCAAAGGUUUACAAUGCUUUGACAGUAAUUUUGUGUUUGUUUUGAAGUUUUCUGUUCUAAAAUGGGUAUCCACGACACCAGCUGACAUCACUGCAUAAAUAUGUGUAUGUGUGCACAGCUGCACAUGCACUUCACCUGUGCAUGUGUGUGUUUGUGUGUGCACCCAUUCCUAAAAGUCAGCCAGAGUGUCUGCAUCUCCACAGUGAAGCAGCAAUGUUGCCGUGGUGCUUGGGGGCCGCGAACUGCCAAGAGGGACCCAGAUUACAAAGAAGGGAAGUGUGGAGGGCAAUGUACCAGAAGCUAUGAGGUGCCAAAAUGGGAGGUUCAGUGACUGCAGCCUUUGUGUGCCUCCGCCACUUUGAGUCAGCCGUGUCAGGCGGUCAGGAAGCAGCAGAGCCUCGGUGCUGCCACAAAGCAUUCACCACUGGUGCCGUGCGGGCUCUGUGUGUUUCCUCGUCGCGAUGCGCUGGCUAGAUGAGCCAGGCAAGACAGCCAAUAGGAAAGCCUUAGAGCUGCCAUAAAGAUAUUUUGUUGAAACUUUGCUUGGCUCAUGUUUCCUGUACUGUGCCCUCCCUGCUCCCCUGCCUUCAGCCAUGGGCAUCGCAAGGCUGCAUGGCCCCAGAAGGUCACUCUGAACCAGCCACAGUCCUGACAUGGACUGGCUCUGAGAAUGAUUGGCUGUGUUAACUGUAAAUGUUGUUAAUCAAUUUAUUUUAUAUCAUUUCCCUCAGCCUGGCUGGCUCAGAGUCAUGUUUCUGUGGUGGCAGUGGCCUCACCACUACCUUGGCAGAUGAUGUUUUUGGUCGCAGGUGCGUUCCAUGUAGGUCUGUUUGACUACUGAGUAUGAAAAAGAGAUGUUUCUAUUCUGCCUAUACCCCAAACCGGACUGCAAAUGAUAUGAUUGGUGAUUGACCACUGUUCAAAUUAAUUACAUCUGCUAAGUUUAUUAAACACUUGAUGCAACAGACAUAGUCAUAUUGAAAUACUACUACUGCUGCUACUUUUACUGCUACUACAACUACUGUCAUACAUUCAAAAUCACCAAUGGUACCACAUGUGUCAUCUCUACUACCUUAUACAGCACUUGGUUUUUCAAGAUAGUGUAUGUAAACUGUUUUCUCGCGCGAUAACUUUCAGACUACAGUGCUGGGCCCCUCUACCUCCAUGCUAGGAGAAAAAGCCAAUAAAUGCAGAACAAGUCCAGCCUUUUACCCUGAAAUUAAGGAAGUAUCACACUAAUUUCUUGCUGAAUUUCAGCCUCAGAACCAAGUUUGGCAUUUAAGGCAUUAAGGUAUAGGGGCCCAUCCCACUCCACAGUUAUAGCUUAUGUUUAGAUUAUGUACGAAGGACUUCCCACCACCCAGCCAUUCACCCUUGGAAUUAGUGUGCAGCACUGGAUGACUUUGGGUGGAAAGAAAGUUUAUGAAAUUUUCUUUGCCUUUAUUCAAUGUUAGAAGCUGAAUUCAAAUUGUUGUCUUCAGGUUUGGGAGUGCUCAGUGCUUGAUUGCUUUUCCAGUUUAUUAUUUUACAUUCAGAAAUCACAUACUACUUGUUUUCAGGCUUUCAAAUUGUAUUUUUGCUGAAACCUGUAUCUUUUCUGCUUUUGUCACCCAAUUGUUUAAUAUCCAGUUUUUUCUUUGUUAACUUGUACAAUCUGAACUUCUUUAGUCAGUUUGCUUCAUUUUGAAAGGAAAUGGAUUGGGAAACUUUUGAAUUGCUCCAUUCAUUGCUGUAGGGAAGGAAGGUGUCUCACAGUAGCUACAGUGGCUCCUCUUGUUAUGGGCAGUGGAAGGAGGAGGAGGGGAUGAGGGCGUGAGUGAGAUUCCUGUAUUAUAUUAUGAGAGCUAUGAUGUCUCAGCCACACCACCAGCCCCUCCUCUCCAUACCCUGUCAAGGUGGCCAGAAGUGUGUUCAUCUCUGCUCUUCUCCUUGGUGUUCAGCUACCCAGAAAAGGGAUCACUGCCGCCAUAGUUAUAAACAAUUGUGGGAACCACUUCAGUGUGUUUGAUUCACAGGAUGACUGGUCAGGUGACUCUCAGUGUGUUUGUUCCAUGGUUUUCCCAAAGCCAAGUGGAAGAGGUUUGUGUGAUGACUUGGUGAUGCCUGUUGUUGCUUGGAGGCGGCUAUCCAAUACUACCACUACGACUACUACUGCUACCGCUGCUGUCCUGCUGUUGUGGCGACCGAGACUGUCAAGUACACCUCUACCAACCCUACCACCACCACUACCACCACCAUCACUACUACUACUACUACUACUACUACUACUACUACUACUACUACUACUACUACUACUACUACUACUACCACCAUUAGCAACCUUACCUCCUACCACCUGAACUCCCCACACCAACCCUUACCUCAUGAGCAACAAGGUGCCUCAGUGAACGCCACUACCAGCAUCCCUCCACUGACAGGAACAACUCACGCCGCAGAUUGGUGCCACUUCAGUCCCCCAAAACUGGACGAAAAAAAAAAGCUGGAAAUAUUAAAAAGAAAGGUCUGUUCUCAGUUACUCCCCCCCAAGGGUGCCCCCCCCCCAGUACAAGACUCCUCGCCCUGGCUACCCCCAACCCAGCGGCAACCUCUGCGUCACUGUACAAAGUUAUGACCUCCCCUGCCCCCCACACCACCCGCCGUGUGCCUCAAGCCGCUGGGAGGGGGACACUGGGAGCGACCACAACCACAGUUACCACCGCCGCUGCCACCACCACCACACCACCACCACUGCUGUUCCACCCAUCAGGGCAUCAUCCUCCGGUUGUCCCCAAUCCUUGCCGCUCUGCUCCUCAGUGUACCAAGCCGUUCCACCUCCACUACUACCACUACCACCAUUACUACUACUACUGCUACCACCACUACUACCAGUACCACCACCACCACUACCACCACCACAACAACAACAACAAACUCCAAUCCACCACAUUUGGGUACCAGCCACUGCUUCUAUCUACUGGUUCAAGUAAUAAACAAUUUCAGGUUAA